AUGGGUUGCACUGCAUCUGUAUCGUCUCGGUCUCCGCAUGGAAACAAGGUUAUGCCUAACGAUGGGAUUUCUAGACGAAAUAGCGCUCGAAGCGACGCAAGCUCGACAGCAGAAGGCGCCGGCAAAUUCUCUUUGUCGGCGGGCCCCUACAUCGGACUUUGUAGCAGCAAAAGCGACAAGUCCGCCAUCUCUCCGAGGCCUCGAUCAAUGCUCUUGAGGGUCAAAGGUUUCGGAGGCGGGGGCGAGGACAAAGACAAGCGAGCCGCGGACGAAGCUUCAGCUAAGGCACCCGAAUCGCCCCCGCUAGGAAAAGACAGCCUGUUGGCAGCUCCAACGAGCCGCAAAAGCAGCUUGGAAGGGAGCCAGCUAUCAGCCCACGCCUCGGUCAACGGCGCGGACGCGGAAGCGGAUGCUGACGCGGCGAAGGGGAGGCUGGAGCCGGCGGAAGCUGCUGAGCGCGGGAUCCCGCUUCCCGGGUCCGCGGAGAGUCCGAAGCGGGGUGCGGCGGCCCCUGGGCCUCCCCUGGAGCUCCUGCAAACCCCUGCUACUGCUGGUAAUGGCCCGCCGGCGUCCAGCUACCCCAGGCCCGACCAUGAGUCCACAGAUGAACGUGAGUGCGUGAGAGCAGCAGCAGCAGCAGCAGCCUCCGAGGCCCCACCUCCGUCAACUCCCCCAGCCAACCCCCUAUCCGUUACACAACUGGGCAUUACCCUACGUGGCCUACGGAAGCUGUACGACAGCCUUCGAGAACGCUUCGGAUCGCAUCGAUUAUGGGCCAUGAGCACGGAGGAGCUUGUGCGGAUGUGGGUGAUGGAGAUAACGGGGUCUCGCCAGUGCCGCCUUCUAGAAGUAUCUGAUUUGGUGGAUGCAAAUGAUGUAGCUCCGCCAACGUAUUUCGUCAGUCAUGCGUGGCAGAAUCGAGCAGGUCUCCUGUUCGAGUCCGUGCUGGGGCAUUAUUUACUGGCGGGUUCUUUGGCGGACGAGCCACAGGCUGCGGCGGCGGAAGUAGCGGUGUGGAUUGAUAUCCUCGUUGUGAACCAGCACGACGGUACGGAAGGGCGGCGGCUGGAUCUGGCGGCGGUGGAGGAUGUCGUACGGGCCUGCAGCGGCGGCACAAUUGCCGUUACAGAUCUGGCCGCUGGCGUCAACCCGGCAGCUCGGGCGUGGGUCCUGUACGAAUGGGCUACCACGUUGACCGUACAUGGCCCUGAGGCGUUGCAUGUACAGCUCGACCCGUACGAACGCUCGUCCAUCAUCGGCGCACUGGAUGUACGACAGGCCAGCUGCAAGUCCGUCGCUGACAAAGCCACCAUCCAUUCCGCCAUCGCGGCGUCGUACGGCUCCGUCGAGGCGUUCAACACACGGCUGCGGCUACAGCUCCUGCUACAGCCGCUGUCUUACAGGGAGGAUCUGCGGCGGCCGCCGCCUCCUGCCGCCGCCGCCACCCUUCGGCCCCAGUGGGAUCUUUCCCCCAUUCGUUCUUGGCUCGAGGGGGGGGAGGGGGAAUCCCGGGUUUUGUGCCUCCUUGGCGGGCCAGGCGAGGGCAAGACCUCGUUAUGUGCGACGCUGUGUGAUCGGGAGACAGGGCUGUUGCGGGGUAGCGGAGGGGUGUGUGGAGGGGCUGGGGGGGGUGGUAAUGUGGUUUCGGCGCACCACUUUGUUCGGUUCAACGAUCGGCGGCGGCAAGAGCCCCAGGGCAUCGUCAAGAGCCUGACUUACCAGCUGGCGGAGAGCCUCCCUCUGCUGUCCAAUUACGUGCUACAGCUGGAUGCGGCCGAGGUGGCGCAGCUGCCCGGGGACGGGGACGAGGGUACGGCAUUCCAGGAGCUACUGCUGAAACCCCUCUGCGCCCUCAGUGGGGGGGGAGCGGGUGUGAUGGGGGCGGGGCAGGUGAUCAUCCUGAUCGACGGGCUGGAUGAGGCGGACCCGCCCACCCCCGCGGGGCAGCCGCCGCCGCCGCCACUGCUACUGCCGCUGUCCCCCCGCCGCCUUCCCUCACCGUUGCACGGCACGGACGCGACGGCGGCCCUCCUCUUGUCGCCGUCGGCGCGCGGCAGUAGCCGCGCGGCACUUCUACCGCCGACGUCAUCAUCUCCCGCCGCCGCCGCCGCCGCACCGCCGCCGCCGCUGCCAGUGUGCGGCAACAAAGUCGUACAAUUGCUGGCCAAGCAGCUCCGCACACUGCCUUCGUUUGUCCGGUUCGUGGUCUCGACGGAUCCUGGCGCAAUGGGUGGACAUGUACGAGCGGCUCUGGACCGCGCCUUUGCGGACUGCGGCGGCGUGUCGUACAUGACGCCACAGCAGCUUCGAUGCCGACAGCAGGCGGCCGACGCGGCGGCGGGUCCCGGCGGAAGCGGCGGCGUGCUGCUGUACCACACGGUAAUGAAGGAGUGCCUCGGCGGCGUCUCCGCCGCCGCUGCCGCCGUCACGACGGCGGUGGCGGCGGCGAAGCCGCCGCCCACUGCCAAGCCGGUCCUGCCGCCGCUGUCUUCCGCCACGGUAUCCGACCUGCACGCAGCUUAUUCGCAGCUUUUCUCUGCCGGCAUGUCCCGAAUAGGCAAGUCUGAGCAAGAUGCCGUACGGGGCCUGUUGGAGGUGCUGCUGGCGGCGCAGGAGCCGCUCCCGCUCUCCCUCGUGGAAUCCAUGGGCCUUGCACCAGCUCUCCAUCUCGUGCCGGGGUACGGCAUUCUGAUUGCUGGCCCACUCAGGGGGCCCGGCGGCGGCGGCGGCUGCGAUGACGGGGUCACCGCUGCCACUUCAUCCCCAUUGUCGUACUCUCCUCCGAGCUCUGCCUCACAGCUACCCGACAGCCCCCGCUCAGCAGCGUCCCUCUGCCGUACACCCUCGCCGUACGCACUCAAGUACCUUGUACGGCACCUUGUCGCCGGCGGUGACCUCGACUCGCUGGAUAAAGUAUUGCAGCAGUACGGCUUUUUGGCUGCCGUACUCAGCCGCGGCCUGGGGCAGGCGUUGUUGCGUGAUUUGCUCGGCCUGCCGGGCCCUACACCACUCGCAUGCGACAUGUUGCGGUGGCUUCCGGACCAGCAAUCGGUGUUGGUGGGGACCUUGACGGGGGAGGACGUGUUGGGGAAUGUACUACAGCACUGUCCGGUGGGGAGUACGGCAUUCCAGGCGGCGCAGGCGCACAUUUUGGCGGCGGCGGCUGCGGCGGGUCGCCCGGGCUGGAGGCUGCAGCACGGCCUGGGCUUGCCUAGGACAUGGCCGGCGUUGCGAGGCGUUUUGGAGGGGCAUUCCCGCGUGGUGAUGGCGGUGGCUUGGAGCCCGGACGGUCGUACACUCGCCAGUGGCAGCGGCGAUGCGACUGUACGACUGUGGGACGCGGCCAGUGGCGAGUGCAUCGCCACUCUGCAGGGCCAUGCCAGCGACGUCCAGGCUGUCGCUUGGAGCCCCAGUGGGGGGGCCCUGGCCAGCGGUAGUAACGACGGCAGUGUACGACUGUGGGACAUGGCCACCGGGGACUGCGUGGCCACAUUGAUGCUGAGUCAGCCCGGGGAGGAGGUUCGCUGUGUUUCGUGGAGCCAUGAUGGCCGUACAUUAGCCAGUGGCAGCAACCUGGGGGAGGUGCGGGUGUGGGAUGCGGCCAGCGGAGACUGCGUGCUGGUGCUGGAGGGUCAUGUGGAUGCCGUACUCAGCGUGGCCUGGAGUCCCCGCGGCGGUCUCCUAGCCAGCGGGGGCGAGGACGAGACUGUACGGCUAUGGCACCCGGCCAGUGGGCAGUGUACGGCGACCAUGCUGGGACACGCGGGUUCCGUUCGCAAGGUGUCUUGGAGCCCGGAUGGUCGUACACUCGCCAGUGGCAGCGACGAUGCCACCAUUCGGUUGUGGGAGGCAGCCAGUGGCGAGUGCGUGUCUACAAUGGAGGGUCACUCCUGGCCGGUGACGUGUGUGUCCUGGAGCCCGGAUGGACGAGAUUUGGUCAGCGGGUCAACGGACCAAACCAUUCGAAUCUGGGACGCGGGAACGGGAGUUUGCCUCGGGGGGCUGGAGGAGUUUUCGUACAGUGUGGCCUGGAGCCCCGACGGUCGUACACUGGCCAGUGGCGGCAGCAUCGACCCAUGUGUACGGCUGUGGGACGUGGCCGCCACAAUUGGGGCGGCGGAGGAGGGCGCGGGGUCAGGAGGGGGAGGGCAGCAGGGCCACUCGGACAUUGUCAACAGUGUGUCUUGGAGCCCGGAUGGUCGUACACUCGCCAGUGGCAGCGACGACCGGACCAUCCGGCUGUGGGACGCGAGUACGGGCGAGUGUACCGCCACCUUGGAGGGCCCCCUGGAUCGUGUGUUUGCCGUAUCCUGGAGCCCGGACGGUCGUACAUUGGCCAGUGGCAGUAGGGACAUGGGGGUACGGCUUUGGAAUGCCAAGAGCGGGGGUUGCACCAACGUGCUCAAGGGUCACCUGGACACGGUAUACAGCGUGACGUGGAGUCCCGAUGGUACGGCACUUGCCAGCGGCAGCGGUGACAAGACGAUUCGGUUGUGGAGUACGACAAGUGGGCAGUGUACGGCCACAUUGGAGGGUCAUUUGGACACUGUUUGGGCGGUGGCCUGGAGCCCGGACGGGAAGGCACUGGCGAGCGGAAGCAUUGACGCCAGUGUACGAAUAUGGGAUCCUGCGGCCGCCAGGUGUACGAUAAAAAUGGACGGGCACUCGAGUGAGGUGCGGAGUGUGUCUUGGAGCCCGGACGGUCGUACACUCGCCAGUGGCAGCAUCGACAUGACCAUUCGGUUGUGGGAUACGGCAACUGGCAACUGUACGGGAGUACUGCGGGGGCAUUGUGGUUGUGUUUUCAGUGUCACCUUCAGCCCAGAUGGUACGACACUGGCCAGUGGGGGCCGGGACAAAAAUGUACGACUGUGGGACGUGGCGGCCGGCGGAGAGCUUGUUACCGUACUGCAGGGCCACCCAGACGAUGUGAACAGCGUUUCUUGGAGCCCGGAUGGUCGUACACUCGCCAGUGGUAGCGACGAUGAAACUAUUCGAGUGUAUGUCAGGGAAGGUUGA